UGCUCGUUAUAAUAUGUCUGGCACUUCUAAUAACAUUUGUCACGAUGCAAACACCUCGUCCGCACCUCGCUCCUUCUGUGGCUCUAUAAAGCGUCCGCCUCCUCUCAGUGCUGUUUACUGGAUGAGCCGAGGAUCACGACUCUGCUGCUCAUCACCGACUCAAUCACACCUUCACUCUCUCACUCUUCAGCUGCAGCUCACUGGGUCGUUUUGAGGAACGCAAGCUGAGGACCGUUGCAGCGAUUCUUCUCCAAAACAUCAACACAAGCCCAGACGCAAUGCAGGCGGAUGAGAAGACGGUGGAUGGCGGUCUGCUGCCUGAUGCCAAUGGAAAAGAUCCAAACCCGGGCGGACAGACAGAGGGCUCCAAGUGGCAGAAACCACGGCUCUCACGUAAAUCUCUCAUGAAGUGCUGUCUCGUCAAAUGGAUCAUCGCCAGCACCAAGCAACAGGGACCAGACAGCAGUGACGGUGACCUUGAACUCUCCAUGGUGCGACACCAACCUGAGGGCCUUGACCAGCUCCAAGCCCAGACCCAGUUCACCAGGAAGGAGCUCCAGUCGCUUUAUAGAGGCUUCAAAAAUGAAUGUCCCAGCGGACUCGUGGAUGAAGAAACAUUCAAGACCAUUUACUCACAGUUCUUCCCUCAAGGAGAUGCGACCACAUAUGCACAUUUCCUGUUCAACGCGUUUGACAUGGACAGAAGUGGCUCUAUCCGCUUUGAGGAUUUUGUGUUAGGAUUGUCUGUGUUGCUUAGAGGCUCUGUUACAGAGAAACUCCGAUGGGCGUUUAAUCUGUACGAUAUCAACAAGGAUGGCUACAUUACAAAAGAGGAAAUGUUGGCAAUAAUGACGUCCAUUUAUGACAUGAUGGGCAGGUAUACCUCACCCAGUGUACGAGAGGAAUCCCCCUUUGAGCAUGUGGAGAAAUUCUUCCAGAAAAUGGAUCGUAACAGAGAUGGAGUGGUGACUAUAGAUGAGUUUAUAGAAACCUGCCAAAAGGAUGAAAGUAUAAUGGCUUCCAUGCAGCUCUUUGAGAACGUCAUCUAGUUUCUUUAGACGGAUGUGGAUCAGCAAUGCUGCAUAGCGCUCCCAGCUGAAACAACUCCUUUCAUCCUGAAAAGGAAUUCAAACUGUUCUAUGCAGAGAAAUGUGCAGAAUUCACCAAAUCACUUGGAGAAAUGUUUCUUUGCAUGACAGUUUUAAUCUUCUUUUUGCACAUGAAGCGAAUGUGGAAAAUUAAAAACUUCAUCGUUGCCAGAUGAGCAUGUGUUUGCCCAACAAAUCAAAGCAUGUGAUGCAAACCACAUUGAACACAAACAGGAGGUUUUAUUGUUGACCACUCUGAAACUCGGGCAUAAGUGGGAUGAUACUUUGUUACUGUACUAUACUGUAAAGAAAAUAAUUAUGUUUCUAAGUUCCUCAGAUGUUUGUGUAAACAUGAUACCUCGUCAUUGUCAUGUUGACCCAAAACCUGCUGAAAUAAAUGUCUACCUUCACCAACUGUUAACUCUAUUUUCU